AUGCCGCGGCUCACGUUGCUAUUCCUUGUCGCCCUGCUCGCGUCGGCGGCCCGGCGGGGCGCCGUCGACGCGUCGAUCGUCGACGGCCUGGAGGUGGGGUUCUAUGGCCAGUCGUGCCCGGACGCCGAGGGCGCCAUCCGCAACGUCGUCAACAACGAGAUCGGCAUGAACCGCGGCAUCGCCCCCGGCCUCAUCCGCCUCUUCUUCCACGAUUGCUUCAUCACGGGCUGCGACGCUUCCAUCCUCCUGGACGAGUCGCCGGCCGGCGACGUCCCGGAGAAGGAAUCGUCGGCCAACGGGUUCACCCUCGUCGGCCUCAGGACCAUCGACAUCGCCAAGUCAACCGUGGAGGCCAUGUGCCCGCGCACGGUCUCCUGCGCCGACAUCCUCGCCUUCGCGGCGCGCGACGCCGCCGUGGCCGCGGGCCUCCCCAGCUACGACGUCGCGGCGGGGCGCCGCGACGGCAUGCGCUCCAACAUGGACGACCUCCCCGGCAACUUCCCCGUGCCGGGCCACCACGUCCCGCGCCUCACCGAGCUCUUCAGCCAGCGGGGGCUCACCCAGGAGGACCUCGUGGCGCUCUCCGGCGCGCACUCCAUCGGCGGCGCCCACUGCUUCAUGUUCUCCAACCGCAUCUACGGCUUCUCCAAAGACGCCGACGUGGACCCUUCGCUGGACCCGGACUACGCCGCGCGGCUCCGCCAGGUGUGCCCGCCCAAGAACCCCAACAACGACCCGCAGCAGGCGCCCAAGGUGAAGUUCGACGCGCGAACCGGGGAGAGGCUCGACGCCGCCUACUACUCGGAGCUGCUCGCGAGGCGCGGCCUGCUGACCUCGGACAACGCGCUCAUCGAGGACACGCAGACGAGGGCGAUGGUGGAGGCCUUCGCUCGCGACGAGGUCAUGUGGCAGCAGAAGUUCGCGGAGGCGAUGCAGAAGGUCGGCAUGCUCGACGUGCUCAUCGGCGAGGACAAGGGCCAGGUGAGGAGGCAGUGCCGGCUGGUGAACGGGCAGGAGCAGCAGCAGCAACCGCAACCGCAGCAGCUGCAGCAGCAGCAGCAGCUGCCGUGGUUCCGGCCGCACUUCCCAUGGUUCCGGCAGCGGCGGCCGCCACGACCGUUCCCGCACCAUCCGAUGGGCGAUCUGAUCAACGGAUUCUUCCGUGGUUUUCACUGA